AUGGUGACCGAAACAGAAACUGCUAUGAUAGAGACUAUCACUGGUAAUUGUAUGGAUGAAGUUGACAUGGAGACGAUGAAAGUUGUUCAGGAACAAUUCCUCGCUGCCGAUGUCGCUGAAAUCAAGGAAGUUAGCGAGCAUUCUAAACAGAUUAAAUUCAAAACGCAAAUAGUAUGGAGAAAUGUGGCGUUAUUUGCAGCUCUCCAUAUCGCAUCAUUGGUCGGCCUGUAUCAGAUUAUUUUCAUCGCCAAAUGGCCAACCUUAAUUUGGUACUGCAUUUGUUGGCUUAUGGGCGUUUUGGGUAUCACUGCCGGGGCGCAUCGUCUUUGGUCACAUCGAAGUUACAAAGCUAAAUGGCCUGCUCGACUGUUUUUGGUGUUUUGUAACAGUAUGGCUUUUCAGAAUGAUGUAAUUGAAUGGUCGCGGGACCAUCGUUGUCAUCACAAAUGGAUGGACACCGAUGCUGAUCCACAUAAUACUACCAGAGGAAUGUUUUUUGCUCAUAUGGGCUGGUUGAUGGUUCGGAAACAUCCGGAAGUGAAAAGGAAAGGUGCUCAAUUAGAUUUAAGCGAUUUGUUCAACGAUCCUAUUCUGGCAUUUCAGAGAAGGCACUACUUGAAAACAGUGCUACUGGCCUGGUUUAUUAUACCAACCUUCAUACCGAUGUAUUUUUGGAGCGAAUCGUUCAUGGUCGCAGUUUAUACCUGCACAUUAUUGAGAUACUGUUCUACUCUGCAUGGUACAUGGCUAAUCAAUUCAUUGGCGCACAAAUAUGGCUUCAAACCAUACAAUCCGAAUAUAACACCUGUUGAUUCCUUUUUGUUAGCGGUAACAGCAAUGGGUGAAGGUGGUCAUAACUAUCAUCAUGUUUUUCCGCAAGAUUAUCGAACAUCCGAAUAUGUGCUUCAUUUCAAUGUCACAAAAUUAUUCAUCGACAUACUGUUUUUCUUAGGACUGGCUUACGAUAUGAAAGUUGUUCCGCAAAAGAUAAUUGAACGACAGAAAGCAAAAUACGCGAUGAAACGUGAUUGA